UCAAUUAUAUCGUCAGUUAUAUCGUUAAUCGCAAAUUUUCAAAUAUAUAUCGUGAUAAAUAUUUUUGGCCAUAUCGCCCUGCUCUAGUGCCAAGCUUGUAGCAUCAUACUUAAAAAAUACUUGAGGCUGUAAUUGCAGCCAAACACAGUACUGAGCAAAGACUGUAUGUAUGUACAAACACUUAUGUACAGGUUAUAUUUUUAAUUUUUAAAUUUUUAAUAAAUUUGCAAGAAUCUCAAGCAAACCUUAUUAACUUUGCCACUGUGUGGUAUUGGGUGUAUAAUCUUGAGGUGAAAAAUGAAUUGAAUCCAUUUUAGAAUAAGAAUGUAACAUGACAAAGUGUGGAAUAAGUGAAGCGCUAUGAAUACUUUCCAGAGUCAAUGUAUCAUGGAUUUCAUUUUUCUCUACAGAUUCCGUAAAUAAGCUGCUGCGUGUUCAUGGCUUUAUGAACAUUAAUGGCAGUUUUCCAGCCUUACAGCAAGGUGACAUAAGGAAGAACAUAAAGCCACUUAACCAUCCAGGGACAGAUUGUGCCUAAAAUUUGCUAUAUAUGGUGAGGGGAGACACUAUGACAAACAGACUAGCCAGCUUCCUGAAAUUGUUUAGAUAGUUUUCCAGUAUGUCCUCUGCCUUGUGCUGCACUAACAACUACACACAUUUGUAGACCAAUAGCCAUGCCCUGUAGCAGCUAUUCCAAAAAAGGGAUGUCUAUAAAAAAAAAAAAAAAAAAAUUGGCUUAAAAAACAACCCAAGAAUGUUGUUUUAUUAAUGUCUUAGUUGGCAACUUUCCCAAGAAAGAAAGAAUUUGACAAAAGUCCAACAUUUAUCAUGUGAAGCUAUUUUUUCAGACUUUAUUUAUGUUAAAACUCUGAUAGUGGGUUUUGACUCAGUUAUCUUCACUUUGAGUAUACAUGGCUGACACUGAAUGCUACAGCACAUGCACUGUGUCUGUGCAGUGCAGGGUAAUGCUAAUCUCUGAUACUGUGUGACUCUUCAUCUCUUCUUUUUCCCAGUAACAUUUGUCCCAGGGGAAUAUCUUUGAGUUGAUGUUGCAACUUCUGCACAAAUCUUUUCAGCGGUAUUUUGUUAUUGAUUGGAUCCAGAUUGGUGCUGAGGAAACAAAAGUAGAAUGGUGACAGUUAUGAAAAUGUAAUAAACAUUCUUUUUAUUAGUGCUUUUUUUCCCAUUUAUGGGUUUGUUUUAUAAUUUGAGUCAAUAAUAAUAAUAUUGAUUGAGUAUAUUCAGAUAAUAUACUCACCAACCACUUCAAUAAGUACACUGUACUAGUACUCGGUUGCGCCCUCUUUUUCUUGUAGAACUGCCUUAAUUCUUUGUGCAUAGAUUGAACAGGGAAACUUUGCUCAGAGACUUUACUUCACAUUGACAUGGCAGCAUCACACAGUUGCUACAGAUUUGAUGCAAAUCUUCUGCUCAACCACAUCCCACAGGUGCUCUGUUGGACUUAGAUCUAAUGUCUGUGGAGGCCAUUUGAGUACAGGAAACCAGCUUGAGAUGAUUUGAGCUUUGCGCUAUCCUGCUAGAAGCAGCAAUCAGACACUAUGGUCCUAAUGGAAUGGACAUAGUCAGCAGCAAUACUCAGUUGGACUGUGAUGUAUUUUUUAUGUUCAGUCGGUAUUAACACGACCAAAGUGUGCCAUGAAAAUAUGUCCCACACCAUUACACCACCAGCCUGAAUCACUGAUACAAAGGUGGAUAUAUUAAUGACCUUCCUUGUCAUGUUGUUUACACUAAAUUCUACCAUCUUAAUCUGGCUGCAGAAAUUGACUCAUCAGACCAGGUAAUGUUUUUUCCAAUCUUCUAUUGUCCAGUUUUGAUGAGCCAGGACAAAUCAGUAGCAUCGAUUUUCUGUUGUUAGCUUGCAGGACCUGAUGUGGUCUUCUGCUGUUGUAGCCAUGGGUUUGAUGUUUGUGUACUCAGAGAUGUUCUUCUGCAUACCUAGUUUGUAAUAAGCAGUUCUUUACCGUUGCCUUUCUAUCAGCUCAAAGCAGACUGACCAUUCUCCUAGAUAGAGGUGUAUCUAAUCAAAUAGCAAAUGAGUGUAUUUAAAAACACACCAUGUAGUCAUUUUGGAAUUUAGAAUAGUCAUAAUGGUCACAAUAAGAUAUGUCUCUUAAAUGUCUCUUAAAUGUAAAUGAGAAGUACUUUAGUACUUCUACAUGCUCUUCACCUUGUUAGUCAUUUUCUAUUAUUUGUAUACUAUCUAGACAUUUACAAAUGAUGACAUUAGGAUAAGUAGAAUUCAUUGUUUCAGGACUAUCAGCAAGAUUUAAUGGAGAUAAUCUGUUUAUUCAUUUUGACGUUUAACUUUGGGCAGAAGUGGACCACAGGAAGACCGAGGGUUUGGCCAAUAGAUUAGACCAGACCAGGUUUGAACAGCUGUGCAUAAAGGUCAUCCAUUAAGGAUCCAAUUUCUCUCACAUUUUUAGAUGCUAGAUGUAAGCAAGGGAAUGGAGCAAACAGAACUGUAAUAGUUUAUAUUUUAGCUUUUAAUCCUUUAAAAGUAAGAGCAAAACCGAAACCUCAUGCCACUGGAAUAGCGUCAUGAUUUAAUUUCCUUGCCUGAGUUUUGACAAAGUUUGUCCCCUGCUGUGCCACUUUUUUUUCUCCUUUCUUUACAAAAUUCCCAUCAUUAAUUUGUGUUUCUGAAAAGGAUACUUAACCUUGCAUAGGCACUUCUGAAAAAGUCUGGCCUUCUUGAUGUCUUCUAAGUGCCUCUAACAUGAUUUGCUCAUUCUCAGGCUAUAAAUGACCUACAAACUUGAGACGGGUGUUAUUGUUGGCAGAUGAACUACUGCUGUUUUUGCGUGCAUAGACGUGUCUUGUCUUAACUAGCUCAAAUACCUCCUCGAGCAUAUUUAUUUAAACUUGUGCCAAAAGAGGGCAAGCGGUGCUGAAUAGAUGAGGAAUGAAAGUAUUUGUUGUAACUUUGCAGCAUUCCUUUAACAAAAGAGAGAUUAGUUCAACAUACGCAGAGGCAGGAGACGUCUGGCAAAGAGUUUUGUCAACAGUUUUGUGCUUCCCUAUCACUUGUUCAUUCUCACCCGCUCACUCAUUCACCCACACUUUAAAAAAAUAUAUAUAUAUAUUUUUUUUUUUUACUCACUCUCUGUCCACUUGUCAUAUGUUAAGUCCACUUUAAGUUUAGGUAGGUGAGUCAUGUAUGUGUGUCAGACAUGAGUGAUCACCAUCAAGAUAAUCUCAUGUCUGCUUUCACUGGCCAUCUGUGUUGGACACAUUUGCCUCCUACCUGGUGAAGUUAAAGUCAAAACGUGUGUGGAAGCAGUAAUGAAACAGACAGUUUGAGGCUGUGCUGCGGAGGUUCGGGCGUGAGAUACAGUUGGAACAUAGCAGUGAGAUUUUAUGUCCAGUCAAGUUCACAUUGGCCAGAUGUGUAGCUAUCGGACUAUUCUCUACAGCCACCAAAUCCCGCAUUAUUACCUGAUUAUAUCAGGGUUUCCACACGAAUCAUUCUGUGCUCUCAUCCUGCAAACCUGCUAAAACUGGGCACACUUGUGUCUCGCCAUGAACUUUGCGUGACAGAGAAAGAAAUGCAAACCGGCUACCUCCACUCUUGCCAUGGCAACGGACGAGACAAGAAAAGCGAUCCUGUACCUGUGUAUCUGUCUCCCAAAUGGUCUGUGUGUUAGUGUAACAAGAUCUGAAAAAACUCCCCUCAAUGACAUUUUAGAUCCCCCACUGUAACUGACCUGGGCUGGGGAGUCACAAGUAGGAUUUAGGUGAGUACUCAGGCUUCUCUCAGGUUCCUGUUUGUCUUUUCCUAAUGAAUUCAGCCAUAAGAAAGCUUCAGAUGAGGCCCAUUUUUUCCGUAUGGCCAGGAUAUCAUAUACUGGUGUACGAGCAGUUUUUUGUUUGCUUGAUGCAAAAGCUUUAUUUUUUAGAUAUGUAUGUAAAAUAUCUCUCUUUGAUUUGACAUAUGAACUGAUGAAGCAUUUGUCAUUUUACUUUGAGAAAAAAAGUGCUCAUUAAAAAUGCUGUGGGAUGACUGCUGAGGUGUCCUGCAUUAUAGCACCUUGCUGCUUCACUGUUGGACUGCACCACUCGGCCACUCCUAACUCUCCUGUUCCCUCUGCUGGGAAAGGCAGAUAUUGCACACUCCAGACGAAGUACGAAACGCAGACUUGGAGUAAGUAAUUUUGUUUUAAAGAUCAUUCUUUGCAUUGCAUUACCGAGAAUCACCUGCGUCUUGCUCUGGUUUGAUUCCAGUCUGCCGCAUUCUCUGCAAAAGGCAUGGCCUAGGUGAAAGCCUUGCUGAAAACCCCUCGGUAUAAAAUAUUGUGAAUGAGUCAUUCCCAAGUUUGGUGUUAAUCAUCAUUUCAAACGCCAAACCUAUUAUCACCAAAUCUUUUCAAGAAGUUCUUGUGUCCAUCUGGUGGCAGAAGUAGCAGGUUUGCUUUUCUUUUUUUUUUUUUUAAAGGGAGGGAGGAGGUUUUUUUCCCCUUCUUUCUUUUUUGCAGCAGCAUUCAGGUCGUUUGAAAAAGCUUGUUAUCCUCCAGCAUAGGAACCAGAUUUUUAGUUUACCUUGUAAAUGACCUUGUAAACAUAAGGCUUCCUUUUUUUCCCCUUUGGACAUGCACUCAAUUUUUAGGUUACUUUAUUUGGUUUGUGCAUGCGUGUGUUUGUGCGUGUGUGUGAAGGAGGCGAAACUUUCGCUGAACCUUGUACAGAUGGAGUGUCUGUGCUUGGUGCAGUAGUUAUUCAAACAAGAAUUAAUACUCAGCAUUUGCACUUCCAGCUAACUGCCUCUAAGAAUAUUGAGCAUCAGCUGUCUGUCUGUCAUUUGAACUGGUGAAAUAGAUCAGCGUUACCUUUGUUCUUUUGGCCACAGCUCCCUCAAAAUGUGACAAAAGAUUGUUGUGACAAGUGCCUCACCCUCCAGCAGAGGACCAGUUUGUCUCCCGUUUGCUUGUGUCGACUGUUUGAUAAAAGCCAGCCUACUUUUGCUGUUUGUGUUUCUGUUUUCGUUUUCCUUUUUUGUAUUGAAUAGCACAACAGGCAAGUUCAUUAUGCGUGUGACUCAUCCCACUAGCCCACACCCCCUCCCCAUCUGCUGCUGUGCGCUGGAAAGGAGAGGGAACCGCCAUUGAUCACUUCUUCCCUCACACAUGCAAGCACACACCCCACCUUCAACGUCACUAUCGAUCGACAUGUUUAAUGUUUUUGUGGGAAAUAGCUGGCAUUUCCUUUUUGUGUCCUUUUACAUCUGUUCCCGACCAUUUGCUGACAUUAUAAUAAAUCACGGAGCAGACAUGUAGAAGAUGAAAAGUAAAAGAUAAUCUAGCGAAUUAUUCAGACAGUCUCAGACCAUUCAGACUGAUUGAACAUGCUGUGAUUUCUUUUUUCCUUUUUUUGUAGCAGGCUCAGUCAAGAAUAUAUAAGGAAAAAUGUCUGGAUAGGAAAACUUUUCUUUUUUUUUUUGCAUGUCUUAUUCAGUUGUUACAGCUGGUAACAGCAAAGACCCCGCAGAAUGGUCGAUAAGCGUUACAUAUAUCCUGCGUAAAACAUUUCCUGACUGCCCCGCUCUCAAUACUUGAUUAAUAAAAUAAAAAAAACACUGACAUCCACAUAUGAGAUUAUUUUGAAGUCGAUGAUUAAUAUUUUUAACAAACGUUCAAACACAUUUUCCCUUCGUUUGUCUUCUCUUACAGUGCUUUAAAAAAAAGUAAAAUAGAAUAAGAGGUGGUUUAUGGAGCAAACAGAAACUUGUGUGCUAAAAAACUGAGAAACAUCACAAUGAAAUCAAGGCAAUAGUUUUUUUCACUUUCUCAUCUUUCUGACUCGGUCUUUCUUUACAUCAAGAACUGAAAGACACUGUUCAUCGAUGAAACAGUUUGCAGGUAGUGUAUGGUGACUUCACAGCAGUUCUGGCCUGCCAAAAGGUCCAAUCUGGUCCCCAGGCUGGCUCUGAAAAGUGUGAAAAUUGCAGAAAGGAGGGUAUAAGUUGUUAAGAAUGGAAGACAUUAUGAGAUUGGUUGUCUGAACUGUUAAUUUAAUCCGAGUCAGAGUUCUGAAUCAUCCUCACUUUUACAGUCUUCCUACUGACAAAGAAGUUUUUCAUACCACACCAAAGAAAGGUGGUUAAACCACUGUGUCCUGCUGAUGCAUUAUAGCACAUAUUGUUGAAACUGCACCUAAUUUUGUUAAAACAGCGCAUACUGUAAAGGAGUGGUGGAGAUCGAAUCGGCCUCCGUGCAGCCCGUGAACUGAGUUUGACUCUUCUGGUUUACAGGGAUUCCUGCAGCCUUAUUACUAUAGUGCUUCCCUGCUGCACUUGAAACAAAGAGCGCACUAACAGCGAUUGAGCUGACUGUUAAGGCCAUGACUUCACAACUAAAUUGAUGAUGAGACACGAUCCAUUAGGGCCUGUCUGAUGGUGUCUUGUACAUGCAUGCUGAGCACUAGUGUGCGUGUGCGUGUGCGUGUGUAUGACACAAUUAUUGUCUAUCAGCAGAACACUGCAAUAUCAAGGGAAAAGAAAGCAAAGAGGUUUAUAAGUUAAAAAAAAGGCUGAGGUAAAGAUCUCUUUAGGACAGACAAAACAGUGAGUAACCCUUUUAACUGGAAACUGCGGGCUGAAUGUGUCUAUAGCUUCUGAAAUGAUGAUGCAUGUCAAGUUUGCUUCACCACUGAUAAACAGUACAUAUAUGGUCUUUAUUUAAUCAGGUAAUCUCUUGAAUUGGAUUGAUAAGAAGGUUGGUAGAGAUGAGAAAGAUUCCUAUGGGAGCGACUUGGGAGUGUUCUCUUCAUCAAGGCGGUUGUAUGAUGAAAGAGUCUGUUGUGUGAGGAUUAAGGUCAUGUGCAUUAACAUAAUAACAGCACUUCCAUUAAUUUUGGUUCAGUUACCUUGAAUUACGGGAUUUGGUGAAGUGUUUAUAUUUGUUUUCAGGCAUUUCUGUCACUGCAGGUAUCAAGUCAAAUGUGUUAGAGCUUCUCAAAAAAGUUCUUACAUUAUAAUUUAGGCUCUAAGGCUAACAUGAAUACAUUUGCAUUAGCACAUCGUCACAUCCAGUUUAUUAGAGCUUUGUUGCUGAAAACAACUGCCUCCUGCUGUUUAAAAUGACUCUGAUUUCCUGCAGGGCGAGUGAACUAAAGUUCAGCGAAGUUUUGAGCCGUCAAAGUAAAACAGUGGACUAAAGAUGCUGUGGACUAAAAGCAGUCUGUAAAACCGAUUGAAACUACAAAGUCAGGUGAUAAUUCUGUGUGAAUUUGGGACUAAAAGCAAAAGAAUAGCUAUUGGUUUCAGUGAAACAGACACCUUAUAUGACUUAAGUAACAUUUAUAUUUAUUAAUUAGCAUAUAUAUUAUAUUUAUAUAUUUAUAUAAAAUGUAUGCAUUAUGCAGUCCAGAUCUUCAUCUGGAAGUUCUGGAUUAGCAUCCAUCCAUCCAUCCAUUUCUGGGUCAGCUGCCAUGGUGUGAGAGGCGGGGUACACCCUGGACUGGUCACCAGUCUGGCACAGGACAGACAACCAUCCACGCUCACAUUCACAUCAAGAGCCCAAAGUGAACAAAUGCAGACGGAGUGAGAGCAUGCAGACUUCACUAGAGGUGGUGCUGGACAUGACAUUUGGAGGUGGUGGUCAUACCAAAGCAAUUCUGAGCACAGUUCCCGAAGUCACGGUCCUGGCCUUAGAUCGAGAUCCCACAGCAAUUUCUCUGGCCCAGCAGUUAGCCAAGGAACACUUUGGUCGUGUGAAACCAAUGCUUGGCCGGUUCAGUGAGCUUGAAGACCUGCUGUCAAACAUGAACGUUAAGCCAGGCAGCAUUGAUGCUGUCCUGUUGGAUGCUGGCUGUUCCUCCAUGCAGAUGGAUGAGGCAGAAAGAGGCUUCUCCCUGAGCAAAGAUGGACCGUUGGAUAUGAGAAUGGAUGGAAACAGGUACCCCGACAUGCCCUGCGCCGCUGACGUUGUGAAUACCUUAGAUCAACAGGCUCUUGCAUCCAUCCUCACUGCAUAUGGGGAAGAAAGACACGCCAGGAAAAUAGCUUCAGCCAUUGUGGAGGCACGCCGUGUCAGCCCCAUCACCCGGACACAGCAGUUGGCCAGUGUGGUUGCAGGAUCGUUUCCUCCUGCAGUUCUCUAUGCACGUAAAGACCGGCUCAACAGACCUGCACACGUGGCCACUAAGACUUUCCAGGCCUUGCGUAUCUUUGUGAAUGAUGAGCUGAAUGAACUUCACGCUGGCCUGUGUGCUGCCCAGACGUUGCUAAAACCCAGCGGACGUCUCUGUGUUAUCACCUUUCAUUCACUAGAAGAUAGACUGGUCAAACGUUUCCUCCGGGGAGAUGACUUGUCUAAUCUGGAUCACUUCAGCCAGAGGAAGCAAGGUACCAAGAAGGAAAACCUAUCGCAUGAAAAAAGUGACGGAAGUGUCUAUUGGCUUCCUCUGCGAAGAAAAGUGAUCACUCCAGAAAAAGACGACGUUAAGGAGAAUCCUCGAGGACGCUCCUCUAAACUCAGGGCAGCACUCAGACGAUAACUAUUGAACAUUAAAUAUAAGACAAUAGAAGUUGUAGAAAAAAAGUUGGAGCUUUUUACAUUGAACAUUAAACUUCUACAAAGA